AAAUCACUAGCUAUAUCUUAAGCAAGGCAGACCAAGAUAAGGUGUUCUGGCCUCAAACGACUCUGCAACGACAAGGGAACAAUGAAGAUAUUUUACAUUUUCUGCACGCUUCUUACACUAAAACGUGGUCCUCAACGAAAAGAUGACAAAGAAAAAAGGCCUCGGCAGAUGAACAACAUAUGGAGCACGCUACCUGUUUUUAUCUUGGCAUUGUCUGUGAUAGCAUACCGAUAUCUGGUACAAGAGAAUAGCAUUCGAAUAACAACCCAACUUAACAACACGUAUGACUAUAUUAUAGUGGGCGCUGGUUCCGCUGGAUGUGUUCUUGCUAAUCGACUUUCCGAAAAUGGAAAAUUAUCAGUGUUACUGUUAGAGGCUGGGGAGAAUGACAUUGGAAACUACAUUUUCGACAUUCCUGGAUACACCGAUAAAGCUGUUCGAACACACGCAGACUGGGGCUACCUGACAGUGCCACAAAAAUAUGCCUACAAGGCAUAUAGCAAAGAGGUCAGUUAUUGGCCAAGAGGGCGUACAUUAGGCGGAACAAGCACCGUAAAUAGUCUUGUCUACCAUCGAGGAGGACGUGGAGAUUAUGAUAAGUGGGCAGAGCUUGGGGCGAAAGGAUGGGAUUACGAUAGUGUUUUACCGUAUUUCUUAAAAUCUGAGUCUUUCCAGUCUCCAUCCUUCAGAGAUAGUAAAUAUCAUAAUACGAACGGACCUUUGAAAAUAACCGAAACAACAGUCACACCAAUAUCCGAAAUCUUUCUGAAUGGUGGAAAAGAACUGGGAUAUAAAAUCCAUGAUUGUAAUGGAAAUGAUGGAGAUCAAGAGGGAUUCUGCAGGCUGCAGACAUUCAUUGGAGACGGUUUACGUUCUAGUACUGCCAGAAGCUUUCUAAUGGCGGCCUCUAGCAGAGAAAAUUUACACAUUUCAACGAAUUCUCAUGCGACGAAGAUUAAUUUCGAAGGGAAAACGGCAACAGGAGUAUCUUUUAUUCGAGGUGGUCUAAAAUUUACAGCGAAUGUCGCUAAGGAAGUCAUUGUGUCUGCUGGGGCGAUCGGGUCCCCACAACUUCUUAUGCUCUCUGGAGUCGGGCCCAAAGCAGAAUUGAGUGAAUUAAAAAUUCCGUUGGUCGCCAAUUUACCAGUCGGCAAGAACCUACAGGAUCACAUGAUGUUCCCGGUCAUGAUCCAGGUGAACAAGUCCAUCAGCGGGUCUGAUUGGGUGUAUGGCUGGUGGAGCCAGCUACAGUAUUCUCUCUUUAGAUCGGGACCAUUAUCAGUGGCGGGCAUGCGCGAGGCAGCCGCGUACUUCCGGACCAAACCAACACCUGAUGACAUUUCUCCCGAUGUACAGUACCAGUUACACAGCAUCGACAUAAAAUACGAAAAGCGAUUCUCAUUUUUGGACUUUGCAAAGCCAAAGGCAAUGACUGACGGAAACGUUAUUGGAAAUGGUAAACUGUUCACUGUCGGGAUUAUGGCUCCACAACACCCCAAAAGUGUCGGCGAGAUCCGCUUACGGUCCAAUGAUCCAUUUGACUUUCCCAUCAUUGAUCCACAUUAUCUAGAGAAUCCAGAGGAUGUUGAAUGCUUCAUAAGAGGUAUUCGCAAACUCCAAGAUCUUGUAGCAACAAAGUCUUUCCAGUCUGUGGAGGCGAAGAUCAUACAAAUAAAACAUGAGGACUGCCAAACGAAAGAUCAAGAUAGUGAUAAACAUUUGGAGUGCCUCGUGCGACAUUAUGCUCUAACAAACUACCAUCCAACCAGCACUUGCAAAAUGGGUGCUUCAAAUGAUGAGUCAGCUGUAGUAGACCCAUAUUUAAGAGUAAGAGGCUUGGCGAGACUUCGCGUGGUUGAUGCUUCCAUAAUGCCCUUUGUGACGGCUUCUAACACCAAUGCUCCAGUUAUCAUGAUAGCAGAAAAAGCAGCGGACAUUGUACUGAAUUCUAUCAAAUAGCACGAAACGUAAAUAGUUUAUCACUGUAGUCGACUUAUUAAAUUUAUUUAUCAUU